UAUAUGAUAUGCACUUCAUUACACUUCAAGAUUACCUUCGCUUUAUCAAUGGUCGUCCUUAUCCAAUUGUGUGCAGUCGUAGGCGCAGCAGCUGAAGCCGGUGUCGUCGACGAGUGUGUGUCGCUUUUUAUGUGAGAACUAUGUGUUCUAUUCGUUCCAUACAGGGUGCAAUACAUCUAUUAUCGUACCUAGAAAUGACUAUAUAUAGCGAAAGCGGGCAUUACAGAGUCGGCCUGGACAGAACACGCAAAGAAGUCAAACGGCCAAAAAUCAGAUUCUUCAAACUGCAGUAGUUAUCUAGUACACAUAUAGGAUAUGACAAAGGACAUCAUAUAGAAACGAACAGUUCACUAAGUGGCAACGUCAACUACAUGACUGUUUCGAGUUUUACGCCCGGUACUGCCGUUAGACAAUCCAUCAAGCAGUUGGCUCUCAUGGCGAGCUGAAUUGCAUCCAAGUUAGAAUGAACGGCGAAAUACGCUGCCCACUAGGCCAUCAUGAAGGCACGGCCCUCACCAACCACCGAAGUCGCCUAAGCCGAAAAAGUUCAGACGUUCGGCUACAUGAAAACAGCCACAAAAUAAACCUUCAUGCUAAAAGUGCCAACACAACAAGAGUAGAUGACGCUCAAUGCUAACGUCACAUUGUGACCCUCAUCUCGUAAUUGCUGCGUACUGUCGAUGGUCGGACGCGACUCGAAUUGAUGGCUCUAUCUGCGGUUUUCGCCUGUAAAUUCCUAGCGUUUUCUUGGGGAUCAGCGCAUCUGCCCAUCGCCGAAUUUUCUCUGCUUGCUAACACUGUGCCUAUUUAUACCGCCGCAUUUGGGUGUAUUUUGUUACGUGAACGUUGUUUUAAAAAAGCACUAGCUUGUGCCGUAGUUUCAGCAGGAGUUAUGACGGUACUUCUGCCCACUAUCCUGAAUGAUCCUGAUGUUGGCCCCUUUUGCAUGUCUAGCCGUGCAGGCGGUUACGCCUCGACGCUCCUAUCAGCUUUAGCAAACGCCAUCGCUCUGGUGUGGUUGCGGCGAUUGGGUAGUGUUAGUGCUCUAUGGGUGUCUUUGUAUGCUUCGAUGGCCAGCAUGAUGCUUGCCGGGAUCGCUGCCGCGACGUUUGGUUCCUUGACGGUCCCAACGGUUCGGGACAUGGCACUGGCGGCGGCGGCUGGCAUAUGCACCCUAAUGCAGUCCUACCUACCUGCCCUAGCAUGCGUCCUCGCUGAACCUUCGCGCGUGGCAAUAUCUAUGACUCUGGCUGUUGCUUUCUCGUUUGUCUUACAGGCAACCGUUCAGCGUACUCAGCCAAGUCCAUUUACUUGCCUAGGCGGCUUCGUGUUAGUGACUGCCAUAAUUGGCUGUCAUCUGCAUUGGGACCAAAUCGCCUGCGGCACUAGACGGCAGAAUAAGGAGUUGACCUGUUCUACAACCGACAACUGCGAAGACCCAACAAGUGAGCGAAAGACGACAUCCUACGGAUGGCUAAGGUUAUGUGGAAAUCAUGUUAAUCAGUCACAUAAAGCUUACUGGUAAGGAUCGAACGAUCCCAGAAAGAACUAUAAUUGCCAUUUAAACCACAUAAUCUCGCACAGUCGCAUGUUUAUCAAGGUACGCGAGCCCAAAGACUAUUUCGAAUGUAGCCUACGGUAGUAAUUUGUAAUGAAGAACCGCGCAGCAUAAUUUCGAAAAAGAAAUAAACUCCCGCGAGUGGUGUGUAUUCCAGGUGCAUUUGACAGAACUCAUUAUUUACAAAAUUUCAUUGAACUUUUAUUUAUUUUCACUGUAAAUCGUAUACAUUUGCGAUCUCAAAGUAUAUUGGGUUGUUUACAGAUAUUUUGACAUUUUCGAUAUGUUUAACCUUCAUGACAACUCAAGUCGUGGUGUCCUUAGUGUUUAUUUUCUGGAGAAACGAGUCCGUAUGCGAAACUGUUACAAAAACAACAAACGCAUAUGAAAGGAAUUAAGCUGGUUCAUAUAGCAAUACUUAUCGCAUCGACUGAUAAAACACCUGCGAUUACCGGAUUUAAGAUUCUGUGGAGUUCUCUAGACCUCACAAUAGUGACUUUAUUAGAAACAUAAUCACCGGAGAAUGGAUAGACAGAGGGUUGAUACUUUAUAAUCAGCUGUAACCGAUGAUUUCGUCAUAGCGCGUCAAAUCAUUUCUCUCUACCUACGCAAAGCCACGGACCCAAGAUGAAUCGCACUCGACCCUAUUACGAAGUCUGCUGGAGUCCUAAAGACACCUCCAAGUUUCUGACAGCAAACUGUGAGGAGAUUCGCUUGUAUGAGGUCGUGAAUCUAUCGUCAGAUGGAAAGGUUGUACAUGGAGCUUCGCGCCUGUCUGAAAGCACUGCAGCAAAGCUUAUAUGGAAAACACCCGACAUUAAAGGCAUUCGUUGCAUCGACUGGAACCCUAAGCCUUCACACAGAGGUACCCUACUUGCUGUAGGUUGUGAAAACGGUGAAGUCGUGCUCUCGGGAUACGGCACAGACGACCUUUCUGUCAGAGGACUUGUUCUUAACGCGAAAUCGAGUAGCCACCAGGUCCGACCCUGUAAUGAUGUUCGAUGGCAUCCACGAGACCUUAAGUUGGCGUGCGCCUUUGAGCGAAGCCGCGGAGAAUGUGCCGUGCAGGUGUUCGACGUGGAUCAGCUUCAACGUACUGAUAAUUCUACAGAUGACUCCAUUAGCUGUAAACCUCUGGUUCAGUUUGCUCAUCAAGAAGCAUCGCAGUCUGUCUGUUUUGCUCCGGCUGACUCGAAUUAUCCCUCGGCAGUGGUUUGUAGCACCUCAGGACGAAAAUUGCGCGUGUUUGACUUGCGCGAAGGCUCCACAGCUGCGGCGGUCACAACCGUUUCAGGCAACACAUCUGCAGUACAUGCGCUUACCUUCGAUCCAUACAACGCUAAUAGACUAGCUUCCGUCGGAAUGGACUCGAUGUGUAUCUGGGAUCUGCGCAACUUAACGCAACCAAUGAUUACUGUUCGGGACCCAGCGGCACAGGGAAUUUCUAAAUUACGCUGGUGCCCCAACCGAUCAAACCAGCUGACUGCCAUUCGACACGACUGCAGUCAGUUGACUCUAUUUACGGUGCGAGAUAUGAUGCAACACCCAGACUCUGGGCGGGAACUUCAUGCCACUACGAUAGCUGUUGAGCAGCAGCACCAUACAGGAACGCCGGCCAGCUCACUCCACAGUGAACGACAACAACAACAGCAACAACAACAACAACAACAACAACAACAACAACAACAUCACCACCAGCAGCAGCAGCAACAGCAGCAGCAUGAUCAUACUGUUAUUCGGCAGUUGCAGCCACGAGGCCAAUUAAAGCUACGUUCUUUCUCAUGGCAUCCGGAGGCGGAAAAUCGAAUGCUAAUUUACGACGGGGAAGAUGAAAUCACAGACUAUACGAUAAUUGACCAGAUCACUCUUAACUGGGCACCAUCGUCUGAAAUUAUCUGGACUCACGGAAAACGCUUAGUCCAUCGUUUACACGAGCGAGAUGCCCUGUACACUGAAAUUGACCCGUUAGCAGCUCGCGUACGCCGACGUGCUCUUAAAGGAUUUGGAUGUGUAAAAAACGCAACAAACAUCUGCCUGGAUGCGCCACUAGUAGAAGAUGAGCGAUCGUUACUUAGUCUUCAUCAUUGGCUCAAACAAUUGGAAGCGCUGGGUGGCGAGGAAAACGGGCGGUCCCUGGUCGGUAUUUUCCACCUGCUUGAAAAUAUCCAAGGUUCGACAUCACAACCGGGCAAGCUGCAAUUGGACAACAAUGUCAAAUACUUGUCGUGCUAUGACCAUCCUGCACGCAGACAGGCCAUAGCAUUAUUAUCGGCCAUAGAAGGACCUUACAGGGGUGAAGAUGACUGGGCUCAACGGGCAGUCGCAGCGCUCUUCCAGCUUGAGAUGCGCAAAGUUAUGGAAUACCUCGAGAUGCCAUCUAAAACGGAUCAAGAUCUGAACUCUGCGUUUGUCGCUCUUGCCAUAUCCGGGUACAGCGAACAAAAGGGUUCAACUUGGCGCGAAAUGUGUGCUAGCUUAAAGCCCCGAAUACGGAACCCUUAUCUGGCUGCAAUAUUCUCAUUUUUGAUGUCGACGAGCGACGAUUAUAAUCAGGUACUCGAGUGUCCGAUUGCGCUUCAAGAUAAGCUUAUGUUUGCCUGCCGCUUUCUUAGCGACCUCAAACUUUCCAAAUUCGUGAAAGAACAGACCAACGAAUAUGUGAUGCAGGGAAACCUCGAAGGGAUUCUGUUAACAGGUUUGCAGGCAACCAAGGAAAAACUUAACGUACAACUUCUCGAUCUACUACAAAAUUAUGUUGAUAAUACCGCUGAUGUCCAGACUGCAGCAGCGCUUGCAGUGGUGACUCGAGAUGCUCAGGUUCUAAGCAAUGAUCGCGCCAGACGAUGGAUUGAAUGCUAUCGUGAACUUCUAAACCAAUGGCGUCUCUGGACUGAGAGGGCUCUUUUUGAUUGUGCAAUGGCUCCAUUAGCUGGGAGAAACGUAGCACCACAAAUUCGCGUUCACUGUAACUUUUGUCGGAAGGCUAUCUCGGCUCAUAACGACCAGAGAGGCAGACCAUCAUUUAGGCCUAUGCCGCCUGCACAGAGGAUAUCGUGCUGCCCAAGUUGCAGAAAGCCAUUGCCGCGCUGCGCUAUGUGCCUAACUAACAUGGGGACGCCAAUUUCUCGGCAGGGGCGAGAUGCUCGCAAUGGCAGAGAUACCAUUGUUGAUCAGAAUGUUAACGGAACGGUAACAAACCGAGGGGAUCCCAGUCAGUUUACCCGUUGGUUCACCUGGUGUCAGAGUUGUAUGCAUGGAGGACAUACACAACACAUGGCCCACUGGUUUGAGAAACACGAGAAAUGCCCCGUGGCUGGAUGUCAGUGUAUGUGCGCUUCCGUUGACGUCUCGUGCACUCAGGCCUCCCUCCCGCAUUUCGAAAAACGAAUUGGUUGAAGACAGGUACGCUAGUUCUGCUCCUAAAGCAGACGACUAUUUCUAGGACAAAUUCGCUAGUUGCAUACUGCGGACGUUGAAUAGAACGUCAAUUCAAAGAUUGAAGACAGAGACAGGAAAGCAUGAAGUUGAUACACUGGACAUUCCCAAGAAGGAGCUUAUCAAGCAAUAGCUUAUUUUGUCAUCGAUGUUAUUGGGACCUUUUUAUAUUUGGUUUUAAUGACUUUCAUAUCGAUUAAUAACAUUCGGUUCCAUAGAUAAGCGACGAUAAGAAAAUCAUUGGAGUGAAGCAUAACUAUGCCUGUGAAUAUGCGCAACGGAGGUUUAUAUAUUUGCAGAUGACAUGAUUAGGUAUUUACGAAUGCAUUUUUUUGUAAUCAUGAACAAUAAGCUAGGAAAAAGGACUGCAGCGUGGCAUAAAAAAUACCUACGAAAAGGCACUCCUUAAAAGGACUCAGUUAUCGCCUUUAUAAUGCAGAUCGUAUGUGCGAUAAGUACACGAUGCUAGCGUACCAAAAAAGUGAAUAUCCCUUUGACAAAAAAUUAAGCGAACUUCAUUUGAAGACUGAGGUUUACCUACUUUUUGUUUCGAAAUAAAAAAAAUUUGGCUGUGAUUAAAUCAUGAUUUAACUGGAGCAACGUUUACGCAUGCAAGUGUUUUUACAACCUCCACAAAAUGUGUUUUAACGUAAAUGACUUGAUACGGGCAACCUCGAGCAGAAAAAAAAAACUGCGGAUGUAGUCAUAGCCAAUUGUUAUCUUAUGCCCCUUCAUAGAACUAUUUUAUUUAAUUGUUGAAGGUAGUCGCGGAACUGGUUUGGUAUAAACGUGAAAGAAGGCUAGCAGUGUAUGACAGAACUUUCUUUUUCGUUAACUCCAUUCAGUUAAAUUUAUGAAUUUUCUCUAUAAGGUAUAAAUCACGCCACAGAAUAUUUGUCAGAUUUUUGUAGUUAGAACGAUCAUAUGCUACUUAUUUUUCAACUUGGUGUUUAGAUCUUUGCCAUGAGGUUUCGGUAAAGGUUUAAUAGAACUUGAGGCAACUAGUAGUAGCAAUACUGGCAUGCGUUCAAGCAAGCUUGGUGCUGUGAACCUAGAUGUAUCAUUUCAUAUACACAUCUCGUUUCGUGCUAGGAACUAGCCGUUUGAAGCGAUGCUGCAGCUGCAUCAGACGAAAAAAUAAAAACGGUUAUUUAUAAUAUUAUAUAGUAGAAAGAUCGUGUCAUGGGCAAUGACGUUUAAAGUGGGUCAGAUCAUAUUCGACAAUAUAAUUAACCUGGUUAACAAAAAAAAAUAUCUAUAGCCUUUUUGUAUGCCUUUACGCAUUUUAUCUAUAAAUUGCAUAAAAGCAUAUGUAAAGGCCGAGCAACGUAGAAGCUACUGGUAUUUUGAGCUAAUCUGUAAUCUUUGACAAGAAAUAACAAUGGCACUAAAGUAUGAGGUCGCCCACAAAGCUGAAAACAUGGCAAUGUAAGGUUAAGUACUGUGUAGAAAAUAAGAUAAACGUGUACCAAUACCUUCCAUAAAAGCUGUAAGUGUAAUAAACAUGAAGUUUAUUUUUCAUUAUUUUAUAAAUCAUUCACUGAAUAAAUGUAUUUAACAUUUCUAGUGAUUGGAAUUUGAAUGGAACAUGUAGAUGCGUCGCGCAGACCGUACGUUUGCAUAGUGAACUCUUAACUUAACGAUAAGUGAAGGUUCAUGUACCUCACUUGCAAUUAUUCAUAUAAACAGGUGAACCCCACUUUGUAAUUCAUUGAACAUCGUAGUAACAAUAAAUGAAGUGGCACCAUGGA